AUGUCAUUGCCCAUGACUCCAGAUACAACAGUUGUUGCAUCAUCAGACGCCAUUGAAUCAAUUCAAAAGAUGCCUAUACUCUCUGUUAUCCAUGAUGACGACGAUAUUGAACUGCCUGCGUCAUCAAGGCCAUCAACAACUACACCAAAGAUAUUAAAUAAUAUGACAUUGAAAGAAAGAGACUGUUUACAACAAUUCAAACUUAGACCUGUUGCAAAGGAUAUACCCGAUCACUAUUUGAUGGUGUUCUUGAUGGCAAAGAAAUUGGACAUGGACAAGGCCGCAAUGCUGCUGGCCAACAAUAUAUCACUGCGCAAGAAGUUGGACAUACCAUUCCCCAUGACCAAAGAGUUUGUCAAUCAAGAUAUCCUUCAAUGUCAAUUCUCACUCUCUGUCGAAGGCAUCAGCAACGACGAUGGCACAUCCAUAGGCUACAUGAAACCAUCAAACAUUGUACCAAGCAACUACUCACUGAAAGAUUAUAUAGCAUACAUGAUGUGGAUUACCGAUCAAACAUGUCACUAUGAUUAUAGCAUCCAGGCACAUAGGAGUGGACUGGUGUUGAUAGUGGAUCUGAAACACUUCUCGCUGUGGCAUCACUUUGAUAAGAGACUGACGACUCAGUUGGAGGGCAAGUCACUGCAGAAUAUAUUCCCUGGUCGCAUUCAAUCUGUUUACUUGCUCAAUCCACCAUUCUAUUUGAAGGCACUGAUAACACUGGCGCGUAACUUUGUAAAGUCCAAGAUUAUAAGUCGUAUACAAAUCAUUUCCAACAGCGCUGAUAUUGGUGAAUAUCUGGAUGCCGAACGUAUCCUCUGCGAAUAUGGUGGACACUUAGAGUAUGAUUAUCCAUCAUGGUUUGAAUCAUUGCCCAAGGACUACUGA